GUGCAUAGUUGUGAUUUAUAUCCUACACAGGUGGAGGGCACCGUUAGCGUAGGCGUGAGAUUAGUCCGAAGGAGGGGGUUGGCACCCAAUGAUCCUGGCAUAAUCACAAAUAACAAAAAAAAAAAGGGAUAAAUGUAUGAUCCUACUACUGACCCGGUGUAAAACGACGUCGUUUUAGAAAUUUCUCUCCUCUACUGCUCGCCACCAAGUCCGUACGGGAAACCUAAAAAAGGCGCGCACGAAAAACCCACAAUUGUGACUUGGAAAGAAACAUUUGAUUCUACAUGUCGAAGGUUUCUUCUGGGGAUGGCGGCCCUGCAAAUCUCUCUCGCACUUUCAAGUACUUAUUGGCAACGCAGUUCUUGUCAAGGGGAAUCCCAUUUAUAUUCAAUCUGUGGAUGGUGAGGCACAUUACUGAGAACGACUAUGCGCUUUAUGCAAUACACUUUCAUCUAUUUAUCACUUGUGUUCUGUUUCUUAGUCGAGAAGGAUUUCGGCGAGCACUCAUGCGAGCAGACAUUAGAUGUGAUGGGGCUUUAAUGAGAGAAAAUGCAGCAAAGCUAUUGAAAAUAGCCUGGAUGACCCUCCCACUUGGAAUAUUAGUUGGAUUUGCGACUUGUGUUAUUUUAUUCUGGUGGAAAGCACUAAGUUAUUCUAAUCCAUAUGCACAAGCUAUUCUGAUAAAUGGUUUUGCAUGUAUACUGGAGUUACUGGCAGAACCCUUCUAUAUUCUUUCCCAGAAUUUGCUUCUCCUUGAACUCCGUUUAUUUGUUGAGACUGCAGCUACAAUGUUCCGUUGCUUCACAACCUAUAUUCUCAUUGUCAAGCAAACUGACAUGGAGAAAGGGAUUGUGUUUGCUCUAUCGCAAGUCUCAUAUGGAGCCUGUUUGUUCAUAGGUUAUUGGGGCUAUUUUCUUCUUUCCUCUCCAUUUAAAGCUUGUGAUCUUUUCCCUUUUAGAGCAGGAAAUAUAAUGGAUUAUGAUAGGCAGCUCUCAAACAUGUGUAAGGUGUUUACUGUUCAAUCUUUCCGAAAGUUGAUUCUUCAAGAAGGAGAAAAGUUUGUACUUGCGUCAUUGGAGACCACGUAUAAUCAAGCUGUAUAUGGACUUGUGGACAAAUUAGGGAGCUUAGUUGUGAGGUUGGUGUUCCUUCCAUUUGAAGAAAGUUCAUAUGCUACAUUUGCAAGGAUUGCGUCAGGACAAGACCCACGUAGAAGCAUGAAGUUAAGAAGUUGCCUUACCGAGGCUCUGAAGCUUGUUUUGUUGAUUGGUCUCAUUGCUUUGGCAUUUGGCCCAAGUUACUCUUACUCUCUCAUGAGAAUAUUGUAUGGUCAGAGAUGGAGUGAUGGAGAAGCUGCCACAGCCCUGCAAUAUUAUUGCUUUUAUGUUGUUGUAUUGGCUAUGAAUGGAACAUCUGAAGCAUUUCUACAUGCGGUUGCAACAGAGAACCAACUCAAGCGCUCAAAUGAUUCAUUACUUAUAUUUUCUUUGAUUUACCUUGUGCUAAAUGUCCUGUUGAUACGUUUGGCGGGUGCAGCUGGGCUAGUUCUUGCUAAUUCAUUGAAUAUGAUUUUUAGAAUUAUUUACUCAGCAGUAUUCAUUAAGCAGUAUUUUCAGGAUUCCUUAUUUUCUUUUCGCAGCUGCUUGCCGUCAGGCUGGACUGUAUUGCUCUUUUCAGGUGUAGUCACGCACUUCUCUGAGAAAAUAUUUCUGGAUCGAGAAAUCUUCUGGGAAACAUUUUUCAUUCACUUCUUAACUGGGCUAACUUGCCUGUGUGUGUCAUCAUUUGUCAUCUUUCGCCGCGAAAGAUCUUUCAUCAACAAAAUUGUCCAUUUUCGUGACCAUACCGAUUGAAAUAAGACUUGUUUCAUUCAAAAGCCCUUCAAAGAGUGAAUUUUGAUGCUGCGGAAAUGGGGCGAGAGGAAUUUGAGCCAUAUCAGUUUCCCAAGAAUUGGAAAGCAGCAUUCAGAGAGUAAUUGUGGGUAUCAGUUGUUUAAUUAUGUGCUGCGAUGCAGUAAACGUAAUUAUUCUAAUAUUAAGUCAUUUAUUCAUAGUUUCCUGGCA